GCUUCAGGCCUGGGCAGAGCGAGCUUUCGGCAGCGACAGCGGCGAGUUGAGAGGCGAUCGGCGGCUCGUCCUGGUCCUGGACGGCCUGGACGAAGCCGCCAUCGCCCGCCGGCGGAUACUCGAUUGGCUACAGAAAUGGCUGCAGGCAAACGGCCACCGAUGCGUCUGCACGAUCAUCGCCUCUCGGCCGUCCGGCACCAACCAGGUGCUGGCCAGCGAUGGCAGCGCUCGCGAGCCGGCGGCAUCCGUGGUCCUCGGCCAGUUCUCCGAGACGUCGCUGCUGACCCAGGAGCCGCUGCCGGUCUCCUCCCACGUUCGGCUGCACGACGGCACUGGGCAGAGCCUGGGAGCUGGCACCGUCCUCUCCUGCGACAAGGCGCAGCUGGCGCAGCGGAGAAAGCCCGUCGGCAGAGAGCUCUUUGGCACUGGCCAGGGCUUUCUGCUUCUGAAGAAGGAGGUGAACGGCCUGGAGCCCGGGGUGCACUCCCUGAAGGGUCCGGAGACUGUCUUCUCCGCCGCGGUGUCCCUGGACGACGCCCGCCUCGCUGCCCAGAUGAUGCUGGAGCGGGCCUUCCGAACGGCCGGUGGUGAUCCGGAGGAGUUUCAUCGCGUGGUGGCGCGCCGGGCCGACGGCGAGGUCUGGGAGGACUACAAGUCCAUCAACUACAGCAGGAUGCUGGAGUGGCCCAAAGGCGCCUUUCCCUGCCGAGCCUUCCUGAAGAGAGCCGCGGCCGACGACCACAAAGUCGAAGACGUGGAAGUGAGCUUCCGUGAGACGUCGGCCGGGAUCUUCCUGGCGGGAGACUUGAAGCCAGGCCAGGCGAUCGGGUCGGGCUCAGGAGCGACGGGACACACAGAGAACUCCUGUUGCUUCCAGGUGGUCCUGGAUGCGGAGGUCCCACUCUGCCCGGCGAGUCUGGCGGAGCUCAGCUUCGCCCCGCUGGAGAUCCUGCCGCUCAGUCCUCCCGUGGCCUCGAGGAUCUCGAAGUUCGGCGAGGAGGAGCUGCGAGCGCUCCCCGAAGCGGUUUGGCAGACGCCCCUGAUGGCCAGCAUUCUGGGCACAUAUCCUCGGGGCCAGAAGGAGGAAGAGCUCGACGGCGCCACGGCAGAGCUGAUGCUGAUGGAGCACGCGGUGGAAACGCUGCUGAAGCAGGCAGAGGAGCGGACCGGCUGCAAGGAGCUGCGAGCAGAGCUGGGCCCGCUGUGCUUGGCCAAGCUCCAGGCGGGCCAGCGGCUGCUGUUGGAGUCGGACUUCACCAACCAGGUGGUCUUCCAGGAAGCGCAGCUCGGGCACUUGAGAUUCUUCGAGCCGGCUGGCCAAGCGGUGCAGCUAUACCACCUGCGAAUGCAGGAGUUCCUGGCCGCAGAGGCCCGGUUGGCGGGUGCCCAGGCGUGGGCCUGGAGAGAAGGCUUCGCCGAAGCGCAGGAGCAGCCGAUGCUGCGAGGUGCCCUCCGCUUCUGUCUGAUGAUGCAGACGGCCGACGCGGCGGAGGCAGAGAUCGCCCUUAAAGAAACAAAGUUGGUCGCCGCGGACGUGGAGGCGUUCCAAG